AACGAAGUAAUCAGCUGAUCGUUUAUUCAAGUAGAUGAGAUCAGCUGUAGCCGGCCAUGGACCUUACGAACGAAGAUUUAUCAAUUCCACCAGUUAAAUACGAAUAUCUCGAUCACACCGCUGACGUACAAUUACACGCAUGGGGUGAAAGUUUAGAGGAAGCUUUUGAACAAUGUGCGAUAGCAAUGUACGGAUAUAUGACUGAUCUUAAUCGAGUGGAGAUAACUGAUAUUCAUAGUUUCGAAGUUGAAGGACACGAUUUAGAAAGUCUACUUUUUCAAUUUUUAAACGAACUAUUAUUCAUCUUCAGUGCAGAAUCAUUUCUCGUCGCAAAGAAAGUGAAAAUCAACGAAUUUGAUCGUGAAAAUUUCAAAAUCAAAGCGACCAUUUACGGGGAAGAAUUCGACAUUCACAAACACAGUCAAGAAUCCGAAGUUAAAGCUAUCACAUAUUCGGCAAUGCAAAUCUUAGAUCAACCUGACGUUGAACGUCCUGAAGUUUUCGUUAUUGUUGAUAUAUAAAAAAAAAUAAUAUACUUAAAUGACAACUAAUGUGCUACUUUAAAGCAUUUAUCUGUGUAUCUAUCUAUCAAUCUCUCUUAGUACCAAUAAAUUGGUACUAAAUAUUUAAACAAUUAUGACAUCUACGAACAAAUUAAUUAUAGAUUACAACAAUAAUUAACUUGAAUUACAUCAAGUUUUCUACGUUUAAAAGUAAACACAAAAAAAUAGAAUUAAUAGCAAAAAAAUGGCAAAGACUAUACAGUUGAUGAACUACAGAGGGGUAGGAGUGGUGGGGGUUAACUCGAAGAAAAAGAAGGGAGGAGACGUCCUAUGUAGGGUAUAAUUCUUUUCGUAGGGUUCGAAUAAAUACGUUAGAAGGAAAACACCGGGCUCCCCUUCUUACAGACGGGAGUUAAGGAACGUAUAAAGAUUCAACGGUGCCCUUGACCUUACACCAUAUUUUUAUACUUUAUACCCUAAAAUUGUAUAUAAUUGUUAAUAUGAUAUCUGUGAAUUUAUUUGAAUGACGAAUUAAUAAACGCACUCUAUUUUAUUUUA